CGGGCAUGCGCGAGUCGGCGCUUGUGUUUCCCUGAGAGGCAGGCGGGCGGGCGGACAGCGAGAGAGCGAGCGAGGGGGAUGCUGGGGGCUGCCGGCUGCCACGGCUGGGAAGGACUGACGCGCUGCCCGUCGCUCGCCUCCUGCCUGGCACUGCCCACCGCCGGAGUCGCGUCGCCCCCCCGCCAGCGGGCACCACACCAGGAGGGGCACAUGGCCUGUGUUCUACCACGGAAAGAUGAGGAACGGAAGAGAGAGAGCCACAAGAACGCAGUGCACAAGGAGAAACGGCGUCAGGCCAUCCGCAAUGCGGCCCAGCAGUGGGAGGGCUUCAAGGCCUGCUUGGAGCUGCCAGCCCAAUCCGGCUCCAGGGACGAGGGCAGCCCUGAGCACUGCCCACCCCAGCAGAACGACGGGCCGAGCCAGCAGCUCUCCCCAGACGAGCUGAAGCUGACGUGUCCAGCUGGAGCCUCGGAGAGACCAGCUGGGGGCAGUGAGGCACGAAUACGCACCAGUCGGCCCAGUAGCCCUCGGGAUCCCAGGUCCCCAGAGGCAGGGGGCGCCAGUGUGCAGAGCUUGUCCCUGUCAGACAGCCACCUGGCCGAGCUGGAUGGGGACACGCUCCGCCUGUUUGGACUGGGGGCUCUGGAGGCCCUGGAGCGGGGCUGGGGGGCUCAGACCGCUGGUGCUGUCACCGUCAUUGCCUUCCGCUACAUCCCCUUCGACGGCAUCGCGCCUACACUGCCCCGCAUCAGGGUGAAGUUCCCGAACCUGUCGCAUCUGAUCUUCUUCGAGACCAACAUCAGCCGGUUGCCCCAGUUGGGUGCCCUGGCUCAGGUCCGGCGCCUGGAGCAGCUGACCAUCCACCCCGACGGGAACCCGGUGGUGGACCUUGUUCUGUGGCGGCCCUUCGUCAUCUUCCGCCUCAGCCACUUCAACCUGCAGAAGAUCAACGGCCAGGAGGUGACCCUGGAGGACGUGAUCACGGCGGAGAGACUCUUUGGAGCCCUGGGUCACGUCACUGGCACUGAAACCCCACACUAUCGCCUGCUGCUGUUAUUGGACGAGUCCAGAAAGCGUCAGCUGCAGUUCCUCUUAGAUGGCCGCGGCCGCCGGGCUGGGCAGAGUCCCGAGGAGCUGCGUGAUAAUGGGAAACUGCUGGGAGAAGGUCUGAGCCGUUCGCUGUUCACCUACCCGAACCGCGACGCCGGCGUGGAGAACACAGAGGAGGGCGCCGUGGAGGCAUUGGAGAGGGCCGAGGCCAUCCAGCAAUACCUACGCAGCUUGUUGCAAAGGGCGUUGGACACCAACACCAAGGGGGAGGCACUGAACAAGUUGUGGCCCUCUGUGUUCGCGGAGAUGGUGCGGGACUGUGUGCUGGACAUGAGGGACCGGACAGCUUACUGUCACUCCUGCCUGAACAGGCUCUCCCAAGGCAAGAGAGCAGAGGCGCAGGGGGAAGGACUGUAACAUCCACCCCCUCCCUGCCGCAAUAUGCCCUCUGCUCCACCACUCCCCAGUCUCCCGGCUCGCAGCACAAUCAGAAUGCCGAGCACUUUGCAAGUGGUGCUGAAUACAGCAUUCAGACAUCUGCUCUCGUUUACUAACCUCCUAGUCUUGUUUUAACUGACUCCCAAUGUCUGCGGAGGACUGCUGUGGAAAUGCUGGCUCUUUAACUCUCGUUUAGGCUUCCUGUUGUGAAUGCACAGCACCGUGCUUAUGAACGGACACAUUUUAGCUCAUACUGGACACAGCUGCAAUGAUUAUUAGUGUCUUCCCUUCCUCUUUGAUACCGGUGCCGGCAGAUGUGCCAUGGUGUCUUGACCCGCCCUCAGAGGGCCCCCAAAUCCCCGUCCUCCUAACACUCUGUCCUCUUUCUAUGACCAUUCAUGACAUCGGAGGUUGGGGACAGUAUGUUACGGGUUAGUGUUAUGGAGGUCAUGAAAAUAUUAGGUUGUUGAAAAUGAAACUAAAUAUUUUUUCAAUACUGUAUAUCUGCAUUUUUUGUUAUAAAAUAUAAAUUUAGAAAAACUCUAGUUUUACUAAAACUAGUCAAAUCACUGAA